AUGAAAGAAAAGAGAAAGAGAGACGCAAUCAAGGUGGAAGGAUUGCCACGUGAUCUUGUAGAAGAGAUCUUACAAAGACUUGAAAUAAAAUCGCUUGUAAGAUUCACAUCUGUUUCUAAGCAAUGGAACGCGAUGAUCAAAUCAAGAUCCUUUGCAUCAAGACAUCUAGUCAGAACGCAGUCACGUGAUCCAGAUAUCCUUCUAGGCGGUGCUCUUCACCAUGAAUCAAAUCCUUAUCCUUGUCUAAGGAUUUUGGAAUCACAUUUUUCAUUCACAAAGGUCAACUAUGUACGAAAACCCAGUCGAAGAAGUCAUGCAGUUACCGGAAGCUGUGAUGGUCUUGUUUGCAUCUAUGACUUUAGUAAAGUGAUCUAUGUCUUCAAUCCAGCGACUAGAUGGUGUCGAUUUCUUCCUCGAGCUAAGAUUCAACAAAUCAACCGCAUUAGAGAAAGUCAAAACAGUAAAGUCAGACGAUCCUAUCUAGGGUUUGGUAAAGACAUUGUGACAAGCAAGUACAAGAUGGUAUGGUUAUAUAACUCAAAAGGAUUAGACCUAGAUGGUGAAACUACAUGUGAGGUUUUUGAUUUUACCACUAAUACUUGGAGACAUGUGAAUGGUUCUUCAUACCAGAUCUAUGAACAACUCAAAUCUCAACCGUUAUAUUUAAAUGGAUCACUUCACUGGUUUACUGUCGUCGAGAGUCAUGGAAAAAUAAAGAUGAUAUGUUUUGAUCUUCACACAGAGGUUUUUCAACUAAUGUCGGAGAUUCCUAUUGCCACUACAUGGGCUCAUCGCAUUAUCUUGUGGAGUCUGAAUAAUGGUCUUUGCGUGUCAGAGAUGAAAAACGACGGCAUUCAGGAUAUAUGGUCAUUGAAUUCACAUAAGGCUAUACUAAUAGUCAUACUGGCGGCGCCCGUUUUCCAAUAUUACCGGUCACAAUUUUCAACAAAACACG